AUGCCCCAAAGAGAGGAGCACCUGAGGAGAAGGAGAAGGAGAGAUACGUUGACUGUACGCCUGGUUGCUGCAGUGCAUCAUGACUUACACAGGCGCAAGCCCGGGCUUUCUCCAGCAACACGCAGCCGAAGCCCGUACCAAACUCAACCGCCUGCAGAAACAAAGGGCUGCGGCGGCGAAGGCAAGGGAAGGCGAUGGAUGGCCGGAUGGAUGGGCAAGGCCAAACAAGCACUAAGCACCAAGCAAGCAAGACAAGGCCCGACAACGCAACAACGACUACGGCGACAACAGGAAAGGAGGAAGAGACGGGCGCCGCUGGCGUUGGCCCAGGCGAUGAUGGUAGGAAGUGGGAGAGGGGCGAUGGGCAAGGACGACAGCGCACACCCUGGGCGUGGGAGCUGA